UGUAGUGUCACAAAUACCAGCAAUGUCAAAUGAUUACUACCUGGAAUUUAACGGAACCACUCCGGACUACUUCCUGUUUCCUUGGGAUGCUUUUGUGUACAACAAUUCGAAUUCAACAACAGAUGGUAAAAAUGUUUUAGAGGACAGGUUAUGGCGGGAAAUUCCCCUGGGUGUACUGUUGCUAAUUCUGUGUCUCCUAACGGUGGUGGGCAAUGCCAUGGUGUUGCAUGCCGUACGGACGGAGCGCCGACUCCAGACGGUGAGCAACAUGUACAUCGUGAGUCUAGCGGUUGCCGACCUGAUCGUGGGGUUAUUUGUCAUGCCCGUCAGCGCCAUCUACAUCUUCACGGAGGAAUGGCUGUUCGGGGUGGCCAUCUGUCAAAUCUGGAUCGUCAUCGACUAUACCGCCAGUACUGCUUCCAUCUUAAAUCUCUUCAUUCUCAGUGUGGACCGUUACUGGUCAGUUACCUCCCCCUUAAAAUAUCUCCGAAAACGGACAAAACGAAGGGCGCUGAGAAUGAUUUCAAUAGUUUGGCUUGUUUCAAGUUUGUGGGUCAUUCCCAUUGUGUCCUGGCAUCAUAUAGCAAACAGUGGAAUCAGGCGAGUAGCAUCCACUGUGUGCGACACGGAAUACGCGCACGAUUCGGUGUUCAAGGUUAUAACAGCCUUCUUUAAUUUCUAUCUUCCACUUGCAAUAAUGUAUAGCUUAUAUGGAAAAGUAUUUCACGAGAUACGCAAACGAUCCGCUUUGGAGUUGGGUCAGAGGUACGCAAGACCAAUAGUGGUAGAUAAUCUGCAGUACACCGCAGAUUCUCCAACUUUAGAAAACAGCAGCGACGGGAGAUUGGAUUCUUUUUCUGAUGAAAACCAUUCCAUAAAGACGGAUUCUAGUAAUUAUUCCUCUAUAAAACUCGCGCCGUGCAACCUUGUACGCUCAAAAAAAUCUAAAAAGUAUAGAAAAUCAAAACCAUCAAAAUCUAAACGCAAACAUUACAAGAAACACAACCUCGAGGAAAAUACUUUUAAUCCGAAGUGCAAGGUAGAAUAUAUCUACGAUGAAAAUGUCUUGGAUCCGAAAACAGAGAAAGUAGAACGUUUUUUCUACCAGGAACAUAUACCUAUGAGUACGAAACCGACGCGUGAGAUUUUAAUCAAUCCCCCAAUAACUUGUAACGAGCCUUCCAUAUCUUCUGGUGGAACCCCUGUGAGUUCCAGUAGCGAGGACAGGCGGACAUUGGGGUAUAAGAGUAAAAAGGACCGACAGAAUUAUUCUUUAAUGAGCGGAUUGCGUCAGAUACGACAAGCCGAGCACAUUCUCGACCACACGGUAUCCGUGUCUCGGGACGGUAAUGGUGUGACGCAUAUUCGGAACUCCUCUAACGGACGGGCGAGAGGUGGGACGGCAGUGAUGUACGACGAUGAGUCGAACCGUCGUCUAUCCUCUUCGCUGAAUAUCAAACACAGAAUAAAAAACAUCCGACAAAGUUCUUUAAAAAAGGAAAUAAAGGCUGCGAGACAACUCGGAGUGAUAAUGGGUGCAUUUACCUUGUGCUUUCUACCGUAUUUUAUUUUGUUCCUCGUUAUAGCGUUCUGUCCGGAUUGUAUACAUCCGGAUUUAAUGACUGCUAUGACGUGGAUUGGCUACUUGAACUCAACUUUAAAUCCAGUUCUUUACCCACUGUGCAAUAUCAACUUCCGACGGAAGUUCCGUAAAAUGAUGAGACUAGAUCGUGAUCAAAGACGUAGACGCCAUAACAUUAGGACGGUUGAGAGGAAUAGUUUUACAAUGAGGUAUGACUGACCUAACAUCGAAAUAUAUU